UAGCUAGCCAACGUUAGCUAGUUAGCCGGGAUGACACCCAAAGGAAUGGCUAGCACCUGAGCAGUUUAAACGAAAAUUAAACCCAGACACAUUUUAACAUCUCUGUUAAAGGAAUCUCGACAGCUCUUUAACAAAUACGCAGCGGAUGGCCCCGACCGCACUUGCCGUGGGACCAACAUAAAAAGAGGGAAGCCAAUCUGAACCUCUGAAUGAGUAAUGAACCUAAACCCCUUCUGGAGCAUGUCUGCCAAUACAAGUCGUAAGCAGAGAUCUGACAACGAGGAACAGAGUGGGCACGGGGAGCAGAGAGCCAGCCCAGCCCGGCUACCCUUUGGCAAAAAGCAGCUUCCACCCAUUCCAAAAAAUGCACCCCCCAUCACCAAGCCUGCGUCAACGGCCACCCCAGCCCAAUCGGCUAAUGGCACACAUGCCUCUUAUGGCCCUUUUUACUUGGAGUACUCUCUGCUGGCUGAGUUCACACUAGUGAUUAAGCAGAAACUCCCUGGAAUUUAUGUCCAGCCAUCCUACAAAUCAGCACUAAUGUGGUUUGGGGUCAUAUUCAUCAGACAUGGCUUGUACCAGGAUGGAGUCUUCAAAUUCACCGUGUAUAUUCCAGAUAACUAUCCGGAUGGAGAAUGUCCUAAAUUAGUAUUUGACAUCCCAGUCUUCCAUCCUCUUGUUGACCCUGUGUCUGGAGAGCUUGAUGUCAGAAGAGCUUUCACAAAAUGGAGACGGAAUCACAACCACAUCUGGCAAGUCCUGAUGUAUGCACGUACAAUUUUCUACAAGAUCAAUACCACCGAACCCCUCAACCCGGAGGCUGCUGUGCUAUAUGAAAAGGAUGUGCAUUUGUUCAAAAGCAAAGUGGUGGAUAGUGUAAAACUAUGCAACAGUCAUCUUUUUGACCAGCCCAAGAUAGAUGAUCCCUACGCAAUAAGCUUUUCUCCAUGGAACCCAGCUGUUCAUGAGGAAGCAAAAGAGCGGAUGUUCACAUAUAAAAGACGGCCUGAGGAUCACCACAAGGGAACACAGGUGUCAGGGUUGUCUUGGGUGAAGCCUGGAUCAACACAGCCUUUCAGUAAAGAUGACAGUUCUCCCCAGAGCUGAGCCUGCAGUCACCCGCAGCAGCCACUAGAUGGAGGCACAUGCAUCUGAUGCCAAGCCACUGGCUUGCCUCAGCUGCUUAUGCGAAAUGGAUCCUUGAAAGAGUUGGGAGAACUUUCUUAUAUCUCCAUGUUAUCGCUCAGCUUUAAAAGCUUUGUAGGCAUCUCCUCAAACAGCUUUAGAAUAAGGAAAGUUUGUAUCAUGUGUAAAUUGACGAUGACAAAUGGAUGUCUCAGCAACAUCAUUUAGGCUGUGUUGCAAUCAAAGAGCUUUCUCAUUUAGAUUUUCAGAUCCAUGCACAUGUUGGGCUAGGUGAUAUAACAUACUGUCCCAAAAGGAGCUGAAAAGUAUGAGCAAAGCAAUUUGCAUUCAUACGGUAAGUAUAGUGGACUACGUGAUCUAUACCACUUGUUGAAAUUGGCUCAGGACUGUUCAUUUGUCGGACUUGGAAUGUUGUCAGUCACAGCUAUGUGAAUGAAACAUCCUAAUUGCCAUCUCUAUCAUUACCCACUUUGAUUGACAUAUGUUUUAUAUUUGUUUCUUAUUGGACAGUGAUUUGUUUUAAUUCCAAUGUAAGCUUUGUCUUACAUAGUUUUAUUUAUAUAUAUAUAUAGAAAUAAAGCAGAGCAGGCACGUAUGGUUUUAAGUGAGAUGCUAAAUAUGUAAGCUCAUGUGUUUUAUUUUGUCUGAUUUUAAAUCGUUUUGAAUGUUUUAUGUACCAUUGGUUAUUAAAGGUUUGAUGUGUAAAUAAUGGA